UAAACUGUGUGCUAAUCGCCUAAAGCUUUGUAGUUGUUAUUCUUUUUAAGGGUGUUAAAAAUGUUAAAUUUUAUUCGCACAAAUUAAUUAUUUUUAUUUGUAAAAUAUGCAUAAACAACAAAAAUUGGACCGGCGCAUUGAAUAUGCUGCAGUAUGUCCUGUCAAUUAUCUGUCACUUUAUGCAACUGCAUACAUAUUUAUACCAACAAACUUACAAAAUACGGAAACGAUAAAAAUCAACUUUAUUUUUCACUUCAUUUGUCUCAAAAGUAAGAAAAUCAGAUUGUCAUUUUAGCUCCAAUUGGAAUUAUGAAUUUCGCCGGUCGUUUACAAUUCCGGCGUCUCAUGUGUUUGAUGGUGCGACAAAAUUUUGCCAGCGAAUGCGAAAAUGCUAUUAACAAACAAAUACAUUUGGAAUUGAAGUCAAGCUACGAUUACUUAGCUAUGGCUCAUCAUUUCGACCGCAGCGAUGUCGCCUUACCUGGAUUAUAUGGAUUUUUCAAGUCUGCUAGUUCAGAAGAGCGUGAACACGCAGUACAAUUGAUGACAUACAUAAACAAACGAGGCGGCACCAUAUGCUUGGAGGAGUUACCAGCGCCGCAAUUUCAGUUUACAACCGUUAAGGCGGCGCUAAUUGAAGCUUUGGAUAUGGAAAAGACAGUUAACGAGUCCUUGUUGGCUUUGCAUGCUUUGGCAAAUGAGCACAACGAUCCACAUUUAAGUGACUUUUUAGAAACAAAUUUCCUUGUUGAACAAGUGGAUGCGCAGAAACAGUUAGCCGAUUAUAUAACCCAAAUAGAAAGAUGUGAAAAAGAAUUGGGUGUGCAUAUAUUUGAUAAAGAUAUUAAGGGCAAGGAUAUGCAUUAGAGUAUUGAAAAUACAAAAUCAAAUGGCAAACAAUUUAAUAUUUUGCGUAAAAGGUAAACUAAUAUAUUUUGAAUGUUAAGAUGAAAAUAGAAUACACAGACAGAGUAUUGCUUGCACUCGCUACCUAUGUUUAUACAAAACUUUUGUGAUAUGUACUGUGAAUAUAUAUCUUUUAUCAACUAUUACGCAUAUUUUAUGUUUAAAUUUAUGCUUGAAUCGUUAAAACGUCUACAUAUAUGUAUGUAUGUCAAUUAUGUACUUUUAUUUUGGUGAAAAAAUAUGCUCCUAAGGAAAGCUGAGAGUAAAAGCUACAGUAUGGUGUGCUAUUGCUACUAAUAUAAAAAAUAUAUGUUAAAAAUAUAUAUAUUAGAUAAUAAUAAAACGGAAAUUAAAAACAAUAAUAAA